AUGAUUUCAAACACAGCUCCAAAAAAUUAUGAUAAAACCCUUGGCUUCAAACACAUUUAUGUUAUUAACCUUGCUCAUCGACGAGACAGACAUUUCAAGAUAAGGGGUAUAGAGAAUGUUCUUGAAUUGGAUUUUGAUUUUUUUCUGGCCGUUAGCAUUAAUGAUAGUGAGAUUCUUGAUAAAUAUGAUUUCAAUAUUGCACUGAACUAUAAAGCAUGCUACGUUAGUUAUUAUAGAGUCUAUAAAUCAAUUGUUCGUAACGGAUAUAAUAGUGGCUUAAUUCUGGAAGAUGAUGUUGAUAUUGAGAUGAGCAUCUCAUUGAUCAUAACUGAUGUUUACCACAUUCUACCCAUCGAUUGGGAAAUGCUAUACAUUGGACAUUGCUCUUGGGAAAAUGGCAGCAAAUUUAUAGGUAAUGCCAGGAGUUUUCAACUUUAUGAAUUCACAUUGCCACUUUGCACAUAUACUUACGCAGUUUCUCUCUCCGGUGCCAAAAAGCUAUUAAAUGAGCUUCUUCAUGCAUCAUUUCCAAUUGAUGUAGAAAUAAUUCAUAGGAUUAAACAAGGAAAUAUCUGA